AUGGCACCUAAGAAGAAAGCCAGAAUUGGCCAAGGAGCUAGUGCCACCCCAGGAGUGGCCGAUGAUUCACUACUUGAUAUUGCGGGGGAGGAUAAUCGCCCUGCUAUCACCCUACCUGAUUCUUCUAUUCCGGAGCGGACUACCUCAGUUCCUAUACCUGCGGUGGGUACCACCAUCCCUCCCAUUGAUACUCCUAUUCCGCCUCCAGCCCCAGCUUCCGGUUCUAGUAUUUCUGAUGGCCUCUCAGGCCCAGAGGGCCCAUCCAGCAGCAGUGGUGGAGUCGUUUUAGGCCCAGUUAGGGCGACAGGGGAUCCCACCAGUGCGGUCAGUCAGGAGAGAGGUCCCAGCGGCAGCAGAGGUCCCCGUGCCCCAGGUGCGAGAAGAUACACUCACGGAUUUGCUACUUGGAGUUACCCGUAUUCUAUGGAUGUGGGAUGA